GGACCAAGACUGAACACCCUGGGAAUGAGACGGAACACCCUGGGAAUGAGAUGGAACAACCUGAGACCGAGAUGGAACAACCUGAGACCGAGAUGGAACAACCUGGGAACGAGAUUGAACACCCUGGGAUCAAGACUGAACACCCUGGGAAUGAGAUUGAACACCCUGUGGUCAAGAAUAAAAACCCUGGGAACGAGAUUGAACACCCUGGGAUCGAGACUGAACACCCUGGGAACGAGAUUGAACAUCCUGGGAUCGAGACUGAACACCCUGGGAACCAGACUGAACAAAGUGGGGCUGAGACGAACCUCAGGAAGUACCUGGCAUCAAACUCGGAAGGGCAGAACAACGGAGAUAUUCUGAGUAAGGAAAUGCUUGGUGCAAACUCUACCCAGUCUGAUGAACCCAACGUUUGUGGGGUGUGUGGAUACAGGGCAGCCUACAAGUCUAACCUAACCAUACAUAUGAGAACACAUACAGGUGAGAAACCCUACAAGUGUGACCAAUGUGACUAUUCUGCUACACAGAAAGUCUGUUUAGAUAAGCACAUGGCUAAACACACUGGAGACAAACCCUACAAGUGUGGGGAGUGUGGAUACGAGACAGUUAACAAGUAUCACCUAAAAGUACAUACCAGAAUACAUACAGGUGACAAACCCUAUGCGUGUGGAGUGUGUACGUACAAGACAGCUUACAAGUGUAGCUUAAAAGCACAUAUCAGAACUCACACUGGUGACAAGCCCUUCAAAUGUGACCAGUGUGACUUUUCUGCAGCACAGUAAAAGUAAUCUAGACCGGCACA